GCCUUAUGUUCAGCCUUGGAAGACUUACCCUGGAGAGAUCAAUGUCAUCAACUAUUGAUAAGACAAGAAUAGCAACUCAAUGACCUGAAGAAAAAGUUGAGGAAGCAGCUAAGUUAAUAAGAUACAAUACAUACAAUGAACAUAGAGAAUGCCACCUCAGUAACUUACUUUGUCUUGGCUGGUCUGGGAGUUCAAGGUGAUCUUCAGAUGAUUCUCUUCUUCAUCAUUCUGUUCUCGUACAUAGUAACCUUGGCAGCAAAUCUUUCUAUUAUCGUUUUCCCAUUUUUUUAUUUCUCUCUCCAUACGCCAAUGUAUUUUUUCUUGUACAACUUGGCUUUCCUUGACAUCUGUUACUCAUCGGUUGUCGUUCCCAAGAUGCUUAUAGAUCUUAUAUCUCCAAAAAAGAUGAUCUCAUUUUGGGGUUGCAUGUUACAAGUCCAUUGCUUCCAUUUCUUUGGUAGUACAGAAGUCGUACUGUUCACAGUUAUGUCCUAUGACAGAUACGUGGCCAUUGCACAUCCCCUGAGAUACUCCACCAUCAUGAGUUCCAAUGUCUGUUUUGGUUUAGCUUUGUGUUCUUGGGUUAUUGGAUUUUCACAUGCAUCAAUACACAGUAUUAUGACCUCAAGGCUUCCAUUUUGUGGACCAAAUGUAGUGAAACAUUUCUUCUGUGAUGUUAAACCAAUGCUAAGCUUGGCCUGUACCAAUGUGUCUUUUAAUUUCAUGCUGCUUGUUAGAGUCACCGGAACACUAGCUAUAACAACAUUAACAUUAAUCCUUCUUUCGUAUAGUUUCAUUAUUAAAUUUCUUUUAAAAAUUAAGACCUCCCAAGGACGAAUGCGGGCGCUGUCUACAUGUAGCGGCCAUUUUACCGUAGUCACUCUCCAAUAUGGAACGGCCAUUUUCACCUACAUGCGUCCAGCUACAAAAGAUUCUUUAGAUCAGGACAGAUCAGCUGCCAUUAUGUUUUCUGUCAUUACUCCAGCGUUAAACCCCAUUAUAUAUACAUUAAGGAACAAGGACAUGAAGAACGCAAUGAAGAAGCUGCUUAAACUAUCCCAAUGA